AUGCCGCACGUGUUCAACGACCAGAAAGGCAAGUUCGAACAGGUGCAUUCUUUCAAGGUCCCGCAGUGCCCGUCCAAGAGCGUGCUGAAGCGUCAGCGGAACUCGGAGUACAUGAAGUUCCUCCUCGCCUCCGAGCCGGUGCCGGAGUCUGGGGGACGCGGGCUCUCCACCUCCGCCGACCUUUGCCAGGCUAGCACUGGGCCCUGGAUUCGGUGUACACUGCCUUGCAAGCUUGGAGGCCCGCUGCCAGUUCAGUUAUCGAAGUUUUCGCUCAGUUGUGGGGCGUGCCAACAAAAAGGCACAGCUGCCUCUGGCAGGCCGCAGGCGCGACCGCACGGGCAGCAUUGGGCCUCCAGGCGGCCAGAGGUCGGCGUGCCCACUGGUCGCGGGCCUGGGGCCGCCCUCGGCCAGGGCCGCUGCGGGUGGGCAGCCGACCCCCCCCCCCGAGGAGAAGAUGGCCGCCCGGCUGGCCGCCAAGGCGCAGCAGGAGUGAGGAGCCCGCCAGGGCCCCCUGCGGCCAGCGUGGCCAGCGCGGCCGGGCGCCCUCCGCGCGCGCGAAGGGCGCCCUCCGGGGGGGCCAGGCGCGCGCCGGCGUGCGGAACUGGCGCCCCUGGCGCCGGGAGGCGUGACGGCGCAGUCAGCCUCGUUGAGAGGGCAGCGCAGGCGUCGAUGCCAAGGUUUGCCGAGGUUUGGCCGCGUCAGCAGCCAUAG